GUUGCCAAUACGAGGAAAGAGUGUUUUUUCAGUUUCAGUUUCAGUUUUCUUUCCCAUCUCUCUGAAACUCUGUCCUUCCUUCUUUCUUCUUCUUCUUCUUCCUCGAUAAUCGAACCUCCUUAAGUUAUCACUUUCUUUAACAUAUCUAUAUUUUUUGACUUUCUCUUCUUUUUUGAGCUUUUGGGGAUUUUCUUUUUCUUUUUUGGUUGUUGAAUUUUUCGUCAAAUCCCAUUUUUGAUUCUACGUUUUUUUUUUAUCUUUUAAUAAUAUAAACUCGUUUUGCAAUCAUAAUCCUCAAAAAGCGGAUACCAUUGUCUCUUUCUACCUUUCCUUUUGUCUCUUUGAUCGGUUUGUUGUCAACAAUAUUUCAAUUUGAUUCUGACCCAGUUGAUAUCUUCUGUAGUAUAUUGUGUUACUAAGAUUCAAGAACAAGAACGAUUAUUCAUCAAUUGGCAUUGUAAAGAAACAAAAUUUAGUUUUUGUUGAUGGAUAAUUAUGGUUCAUCAUCUUCAUAUCCACACCACAAUCCCUAUGCAUACCCUCCUCCUCCUCCUCCUACUUCUGCAUACCCACCACCACCACCACCAAAUCCUGAUCCAUACCAUACUCCUGCUUAUCCUUACCAACACAAUUCCUCACAGCCUUACCCUUAUGCAUACCCACCACCACCACCAUCACCAUCUUCAACCUCCCAUUCAGGCCCUUUAGACUAUCACCAACCUCCACCACCAUCGCCAUCUUCAACCUCCUAUUCAGGCCCUUUAGACUAUCACCAACCUCCACCACCAUCACCAUCUCCAACCUCCUAUUCAGGCCCUUUGGACUAUCACCAUCCUCCACCUAUCUAUCCCUAUCCAUAUCCUGUUGCUUCAGCUCCCCAUAGUGCUCCUCAACCAUCCCUUGAACACCAUAGUAGUUUCCAAUAUGGUCCCUCUCAUUACCCAUAUCAACAAUCCGGUCCAUACCCACCUCCCGAAAGCCAGCCUCAAGUCCCUUUUCGUGCCAAUAGCUUCUCAAAUUAUCACCAGCAGGACAGUUCCAGUUCCAUAGGAACUGGAUCAUCUUCAGAUGUUUAUAGUGCCAAUGAUUCCACCCCUUCUCGCCCUUCUGCAUAUCCACCUCUGGAUGAUCUUAUUAGUAAUAUGCACUUGUCUGAUAAUCACUCUACUGCCCCUGCAUCACACCAAGCGCCUACAGUGUCACCAUUGACAAGUGCCCCUCCUAUUGCAAGGUAUGAUAAACCGGGGGAACUUUAUAGCCAUUCUAACUCGUUUUCGAGCAGUUAUGGGGCAUCUUAUUCAGCUCAGUCUGAUUUGUCUAAUCAUUCUGUUUAUGGCCACACAAGCUCAUUCAAUGGGUCUCAGCAUAGUCAGUCCUUGCAGAUUGUGCCACUACAGAAUAAAGGAUCAUUGAAGGUGUUGCUCUUACAUGGGAAUUUGGAUAUUUGGGUCUAUCGUGCACGUAACCUUCCGAAUAUGGACAUGUUCCAUAAAACUUUGGGGGAUGUGUUUACAAGAUUGCCAGGGAACGUGAGCAACAAAAUUGAAGGCCAUAUAAAUCAUAAAAUCACUAGUGAUCCUUAUGUUUCAAUCUCAGUAUCAAAUGCUGUAAUUGGGAGGACUUUUGUGAUUAGCAAUAGCGAAAACCCUGAUUGGAAGCAACAUUUUUAUGUUCCUGUAGCGCAUCAAGCUGCUGAAGUGCAUUUUGUGGUUAAAGACAGUGAUGUUGUGGGGUCACAGCUUAUAGGAGUUGUGGCAAUUCCAGUGGAACAGAUAUACUCAGGGGCAAAGGUGGAAGGAACCUACCCAAUCCUGAGUAAUAAUGGGAAGCCUUGUAAGCCCGGAGCUGCCUUGGAUCUUUCAAUUCAGUACACCCCAAUUGAGAAAUUGAGCAUUUAUCAUCAUGGAGUGGGGGCAGGCCCUGAUUACCAUGGGGUUCCUGGAACAUACUUUCCUCUCAGGAAAGGUGGAAUGGUAACUCUUUAUCAAGAUGCCCAUGUUCCAGAUGGGUCCCUUCCAAAUGUGAAGCUUGAUCAAGGGAUGGAUUAUGUGCAUGGGAAGUGUUGGCGUGACAUUUUUGAUGCCAUACGUCAGGCCAGUCGUUUGAUUUACAUUACAGGGUGGUCAGUGUGGCACAAAGUUAGAUUGGUUCGGGAUGCUGGUAAUGCUUCAAAUUACACCCUAGGAGACCUUCUGAAAACCAAGUCUCAAGAAGGAGUGAGAGUGCUGCUUCUUAUUUGGGAUGACCCUACAUCAAGAAACAUUUUGGGUUACCAAACAGAUGGAAUCAUGCAAACCCAUGAUGAGGAAACUCGCCGUUUCUUCAAACGCUCUUCUGUUCAAGUGCUACUUUGUCCCCGCAUUGCAGGAAAGAGACAUAGCUGGCUCAAGCAAAAGGAAGUCGAAACAAUCUAUACACACCAUCAAAAAACUGUAAUUGUGGAUGCCGAUGCUGGAAAUUUUAGAAGAAAAAUCGUCGCUUUUGUUGGAGGACUUGAUUUAUGUGAUGGGCGAUAUGAUACUCCACAGCACCCUAUAUUUAGGACACUACAAACAGUCCACAAGGAUGACUAUCACAAUCCUACUUACGCGGGUAACACUGCUGGUUGUCCACGAGAGCCAUGGCAUGACUUGCACUCUAGAAUUGAUGGUCCAGCGGCAUAUGAUGUCCUGACUAACUUUGAGGACCGCUGGCUUAAGGCUGCAAAACCCCAUGGGAUUAAAAAACUGAAAACGUCAUAUGAUGAUGCGUUGCUCAGGCUAGAAAGAAUUCCGGAGAUUAUUGGACUCUCAGAUGCUCCUUGGACUAAUGAUAAUGAUCCAGAAGCUUGGCAUGUUCAAAUUUUUCGUUCUAUUGAUUCAAAUUCUGUUAGAGGGUUCCCUAAGGAUCCAAGAGAUGCCACAAGCAAGAACCUGGUGUGUGGGAAGAACUUGCUGAUUGACAUGAGCAUACAUACGGCAUAUGUAAAGGCCAUUCGUGCUGCCCAGCAUUUCAUUUAUAUAGAGAACCAGUAUUUCAUUGGAUCUUCAUACAAUUGGAGUUCACAUAAAGACUUAGGUGCUAAUAAUUUGAUUCCAAUGGAAAUUGCCCUUAAGAUUGCUGAGAAAAUUAGAGCAAAUGAGAGAUUUGCUGUAUAUAUUGUUAUCCCAAUGUGGCCAGAAGGGGCUCCAACUGGUAAUGCUACUCAGAGGAUUCUAUAUUGGCAGAAUAAAACAAUGCAAAUGAUGUAUGAGACCAUCUACAGGGCUUUGGUGGAGGUUGGGCUUGAGGAAGCAUACUCACCACAAGAUUAUCUGAACUUCUUCUGCCUUGGCAACCGUGAAGCCAUAGAUGGAUAUGACACUACAGUGCCUGAAAGUCCUCCAGCUAACACUCCUCAGGCACAGGGUCGAAAAAACCGGCGAUUUAUGAUUUAUGUUCAUUCAAAGGGCAUGAUAGUUGAUGACGAAUACAUAAUAGUGGGUUCUGCAAACAUCAACCAGCGCUCCAUGGAGGGCACAAGAGACACUGAGAUUGCAAUGGGAGCAUAUCAACCAAACCAUACCUGGGCAAGAAAAUAUUCUGAUCCGCAUGGACAGAUUUAUGGAUAUAGGAUGUCAUUAUGGGCAGAACAUCUUGGAUUUACUGAAGACCACUUCAAACAACCAGAGUCUCUUGAUUGUGUGAGAAGAGUAAGAUCACUGGGAGAGAUGAACUGGAAACAAUUUGCAGCCAAUGAGAUCAUAGAGAUGACAGGCCACCUAUUAAAAUACCCAGUUGAAGUUGAUCGGAAGGGCAAGGUGAAGCCCCUUCCUGGAUGUGAAACUUUCCCAGAUGUUGGAGGAAGUAUAGUUGGUUCAUUUCUUGCCAUUCAGGAGAAUCUAACCAUCUGAGCAGCUCAUUUCCAGCUUCUACUUGCUAGCAAAUUUAGAUGAGAAAGAAAUUACGGAGUAUGAUCAAGUUUUUCACAUUUAUAUGUCAUGUGUGCGUUUGCCCAGGGAUGAACGUGAGUUUUGCGUUUUUUUGGCUGGUCCCAUGUCACUGUUCAUGGACCAGCCAACCCCCAACAAACGCAGCAACAGUGUUUUAUGGGUCCUACAACAUUAUUCAGCAAUAAGUUUUCAGUUUUCAACAAAUAAGAAGUAUCCAAACACACUCUAUAUGUCCAAAUCUCACGAUGGUGUACAGCUCUUUUUCCAUUUUCCUCUUGUUUUAGUAGUAUAGUGUUGCAAUUUUUUUGUAGUUUAUUGUAUAUUUCAGUGUAAUAUACUCACACAAAGAAUCAGUCAGGUUUUUGUAUGUGUUCAAAGUCCAACUUGAAAUGUUUGAAAGUAUACAUUCUUACAACUCU